UUUUUUCUAUCCCAUUCUUUUUUUUUUUUUUUUUUUUGGCCUUUUUUUCUCUUUCUUUCUCAAUGUCACUUUAUACUUUUUUUGGAUGUCUUCUUAUAGCUUAUGGUCCCAUUUUAUCCAUCUUUUUUCUUUACAUUGCACAGUCAGCUCAACAUGUCCUAGUGACUGUAGCUAGUGCGUUUUUUUGUUUGAUUGCUUUAUUAUUUUCUAGUGUGAUAUGGUAUUUGGCCAAAACAGUACAGUCCACAUUGACAAUUAGUAUUGUUUAUAGUGUUGCCAUUCAAGAAAUCUUUCGAUGGUGUUAUUUUUUAUUACUACAACGGUCAGAAGCUGGUUUGAAUAUGAUUACUCGACAUCCAACUUCACCUUAUAACAAACUUGAAUUUGGUUUUGUGGCGGGGUAUGGAUAUGCAUUGGCAACAAGUUUAAUAAGUUAUAUAUCAAUUUUGGUAGAAUCCAUUGGUCCUGGUGUAAUAAUGUGUCCUUCUUGUCCAAAUGCAAGUUUGUUCUUGAUUUCUGCUGUUACAACCACAUUAUUUUCAUUACUACAUAUGGCUUGGAUGACAGUGGCUUUUGAUGGAUAUUCAAAAAGAUCUUGGUCAGGUUAUGGCAAAGUUGCUUGGGUGAUUCUUUCCCAUUUUGGUGCUUCAUAUGCUACAUUGAUGAACACUUCAACUACUAUAGCCUAUGGAUGUGUCUAUGCUGUAGUAAUGGAACUCAUUAUUCUUCUGAUCUCCUGUGUUUUGAUUGGCCAUUCGUUGAAACUAAAGCUUUCGGUACCUACUGCCUCCCAUCAACAUUCAUCAUGAUCUAGUGAACUUUUUUUUUUUUAGUGAUCAGCAUUAGUGUAACGUGUAUAUAUAGUUUUUUAUGAUAUGAUUAUACCAUCCCCCCUUCCAAAGUCUUAUUAUUAUUUAUCUUCAUCCUAGAAAUCUAUAUGUUACUACCUGUAGAAAUAAACAACUUUAUAGAGAAUAGAAUAACCUGUUUACC